UGGAUAUCUCCAGCCCAGGAUGAUGGUUCCUCUACUGCUAGCUGCCUUGCUGCUCCUCCUCCAAAGCGCUGCAGCAGAUCCCUCCAAUGAACCCAUUUAUAUGUUGGCCGUCUCGUCCCAGCCAGUAGGGGGUACAUCGGAGACGCUAUGUGUUAAUGUGUACCCCCUUCAAAAACCACUAUCAUUGAUGGUGACGCUGGAACACAGCCAAAACAGCAGGAUGCUCCUGAAGCAGAACGCCAUCAAAAAAGACUUCUAUCAGUGCCUUCCCUUCAAGGUUCCUGAUGUAAACGUUGAGUCUGAGGCUUCCAUUAACGUUCAGAUCAGUGGAGAAAGUACGUUUCUGAACAAGACCACGAAGAUCCUCAUCAGACCUCCUGCUCAGUUGACCAUCAUUCAGACAGACAAACCCAUCUACAAACCUGGACAAACAGUCAGAUUCCGAAUCGUCUCUCUGGAUUCCAGUUUUCUCACCUAUGAGCAGCAGUUCCCAACAAUAGAGCUGCAGGACCCUAACUUCAACCGUAUUGGUCAGUGGUUGAACCAGUCGACGGUCAGCGGCAUCCUGGAUCUGUCCUAUCCUAUGAACACAGAGGCCCAACAGGGGUCGUACAUCAUCACUGCCUGGAACGGGAAAAACGAGGCGACCAGCCAAGACUUUGAAAUCAAGGAAUACGUUCUACCAAAGUUUGAGGUGAUUGUCAAGCUUCCUCCAGUCGUAACGGUUCUGGACAAGCAGGCCACUCUGAACGUUUGUGCCAACUAUACGUAUGGGAAGCCUGUGAGUGGCUCUGUGAAGGCGGAGGUGUGCCGUAAACGCUUCACCUUCUGGUGGAUCAGGCCUGAAAACAACCAGACAACCUUGGACAUCUGCAAAACAUAUUCCAUGACGACUGAUAAGACGGGCUGUGGAUCUACUGUUGUGAAUCUGAUGGAGUUCGCAGUGACUGAAACACAGUAUGAAGACGUUGUUAGUGUGGUGUGUGAGGUGGAGGAGUAUGGCACUGGGGUGGUCCUGAAGGGGUCUGGCAGCAUGACUGUCACUAGCGACAUUGUCACAGUUACCUUUGUGGAUGCUCCUCAGGCCUUUAAGCUUGGGAUGAGCUACAGAGGAAAGGUUAAAGCUACUGGUCCAGACUCCAGUCCUGUCAAAGGUGCAUCAGUGUUUCUAACAGUGAGGUACGGCGGAAACAAAAAUGUGACCUGGACAGUAGUCACAGAUGUCAACGGCACUGCCCCCUUCAGCCUAAACACGCUUCUGUGGGGGUCAGAAGCAGUUUCUUUGGAGGCUUCAUAUCAAAAGGUGCAGGAACAGCAAGAAAGCGCUGAUAAUGUGCGCAUACCAAACUAUCCCACUGCGUACUACUGGGUCCAGCCUUUCUACUCCAAGAGCAAAAGCUUCCUGGAGCUGCAGCCUUCGCCAGACGCGUUGAGCUGUGCUAAACCCGCCGUUGUGGAGGCUCAGUACAUCAUACAGGGCAAAGAGAUUAAACCAGGCCAGCGGUCCCUGGACUUCUUCUACAUGGUGAUGUCCAAAGGCAGCUUGGCUCAGUACGGACAUCUUUCAGCAGCCAUGAAAAAAGGAACAGUGAACAAAGGGAAGCUGAGGUUUUCACUGCAGAAGAUGGAUGCUUUGGCUCCGUAUGCUCAGGUGGUGGUGUACACUGUGCUCCCGAGCGGAGAGGCUGUGGCCGACAGCAAGGAUUUCCCCAUUCAGCUGUGCCUGACCAACAAGGUGUCUUUGACGUUCCCCUCUCCUACGGAGCUCCCCGGGGGUCAGACGUCCCUCAUCCUGAAAGCUCAGCCCGGGUCACUGUGCUCUGUGAAGGCCAUUGAUCGGAGUGUGCUGCUGCUGAAACCAGAGAAGGAGCUGAACCUUGAAUUUGUCUUCAACUUGCUGCCCGUCCAGAGGUUGUCAGGAUAUCCGUACACCGUUUCUGAUGAGGAUCUGUACCCUUGCUAUGAGAGUCCACCUAUCUUUAUGCCACGGCCUCUUCCUGUCCUGGAUGCAGUGCCUGCUCAACUGAAUCCAAGAUUCAAGCCCCUUUUCGUUCCUGUUAUCGACAGAAAUGUCAACGUAUACGACGUCUUUAAAGAUAUUGGAGUCAAGAUCCUCACCAAUGCUGAAAUAAAGAAGCCUGUGAAUUGCAGUGGUCCCAUCUACUAUCCUAUGAAUAUGGAGAGACCCAUGCUCUUUGCCAGAGAAGGGGUUGCAUUUGCUGCAAUGGACGCUGCAAGUAAAAGUGAAAGUGGAAGUGAAGCAGUGAACACUGUCCGUACAUUCUUUCCAGAGACUUGGGUUUGGGAUCUCGUUCCAGUGGGGCCUUCCGGAGCUAUGGGGGUUAAGAAACUUGUCCCGGACACCAUCACUUCAUGGUCAGCUGGAGCAUUUUGUACCUCAUCAGUUGGGUUUGGAGUGGCACCAAAAGCUGAGCUCACUACCUUCCAGCCCUUCUUCGUUAGCCUGACCCUGCCUUACUCCAUCAUCCGUGGAGAACUGUUUGUACUCAAGGCUUCCGUCUUCAACUAUCUCAAAAGCUGUGUUAUGGUGAAGGUGACGCUGGCAAACUCACAGCAGUUCGUAGCUCAACAGUGUGUGGGAUGCCAGUACACUCGCUGUCUGUGUGCCGAAGAGAGCUGGACUUUCGUAUGGAGAAUCCAGCCCACCGUUCUGGGGACGGUGAGCUUUAAUGUGAGUGCAGAGGCCCUGCAGACGACGGUGCUGUGUGGUAAUAAGCCGGUGACUGUGCCAGAUAAAGGACGCAUCGACACUGUGGUGCAGACGCUGCUAGUGGAGGCAGAGGGAACCAAACAGUUCAACAGUUACAACGGGCUGCUGUGCCCCACAGGGGUCGCUGUUGAGACUAUCGUCUCGCUGAAGCUGCCUGCGGUAAUUGUGACAGGUUCUGCCACAGCUUCGGUCUCUGUGCUGGGAGACCUGAUGGGCCGUGCUCUGAGGAACAUCGACCGUCUGCUGGCCAUGCCGUACGGCUGUGGAGAACAGAACAUGCUGCUCUUCGCCCCCAACAUCUACAUCCUCCUGUACCUGCAGAGCAGCGGACAGUUGACCGCAGAGAUCCGGAAGAAAGCUGAGACGUUCCUCGUGAGCGGCUACCAGAGAGAGCUGAGCUACAAGCAUGACGAUGGGUCUUAUAGUGCUUUUGGGAAGAGCGAUCCGUCAGGCAACACCUGGUUAACAGCGUUUGUGAUGAAGUCCUUUGGAAGUGCAAAGCAGUUCAUCUUUAUAGACCAGCUGUAUGUGGACCAGGCCAAGACUUGGCUGGGUCAGCAGCAGCAGAAUGGCUCCUUCGCCUCAGUGGGUCAGCUCUUCCACAGCGACAUGAAGGGAGGUGUGAAUGAUGAGGUGACCCUCACAGCGUAUAUCACAGCUGCCCUGUUGGAGUUGGGCACUCCGCUCACAGAUCCCAUGGUAGAAAACAGUCUUGACUUCCUGAGAAACGCCUUCACUCAGCUCAACUCCAUCUAUGCCACGGCUCUCCUCUCCUACGCCUUCACUCUAGCUGGAGACCAGGGCAUGAGGAUCCAGGCCCUCACCGUCCUAGAUAAUCAGGCCAUAGUCGAAGCGGGCGCACGUCACUGGAGAAGAGAGAGUGAUGUGAAGGUGUUGGACUCUCUGGAGGUGGAGAUGACCUCGUAUGUGCUGCUGGCUCUGCUGUCUGGACCGGUGCUACAGACCUUUGAUAUGAGCUACUCUGCUUCCAUCGCCCGUUGGCUGGCCCAGCAGCAGAACGCCUUUGGAGGCUUUGCAUCUACACAGGACACUGUGGUAGCUCUGCAGGCACUGGCAAAAUACAGUGCUGCCACCUACAGUCCGACAGGCACCGUUGUGGUCACUGUGACCGGCCCUUCACCUCCAAAGGUAUUUACAGUCAGUCAGAGCAACAGGCUGCUGCUGCAGGAGUCCAGCCUGCAGGUCGUGCCUGGAGACUACAAGGUCAAGGCUGAAGGCAACGGCUGCGUGUUUGCACAGUUCUCUGUGCGCUACAACAUCCCUCCCCCAGCCGACUUCUCUUCUUUCAGCCUCUCAGCUAACACUGCUGGAAACUGCAGCAUCCCCAUCCCAUCUGUAAGCCUGUCUGUGACUGUCAGUUAUAACGGUAAACGGUCAGAGACCAACAUGGUGGUCAUCGAGGUCAAACUGCUGUCUGGGUUCCAGCUGGACAAGGAGUCUCUGAAACCAUCCAGUGAAAAAACAGAACCAAAUGAAGGAGCAGUGAAGCGCCUGGAUCAGAAGGAGGGCAGCGUCACCAUCUACCUGGAUGGACUGAAAAAAGGAGACUCUAAGACGUACAGUCUGGUCAUCCUGCGCGAAACAGCUGUGCAGAACCAGAAACCGGCCGUGGUGAAGGUGUACGACUACUACGAGACCAGUGACGUGGCUGUUGCUGAUUACACCUCCCCCUGCAAAUGACCCCACAGCUCAAACAGCUCCGUCUGGAGAGACGAGGUUAAGCAAGUUUAUGAUCACAGUGUUUCUGUCUCACCAAAGUCUGU